AUAUAACCGAGGUGGAUCGCGUCGGUGUUGAUCCGUGUCAGACACAGUGCGAUCGACUAAAAGUAAUUGGAAUUAAUUGAUUUCCUGAUCGACGAAACACGAAUUUAGCUCCAAAUGAGCCAAAAUAAUUCUUUCUUCUUCAGAGAAAAAUAAUCAUAAAAUGUUCCCAAAAGGAGGUGUGACCGUUUAGUAAGGACAACCAGAAGAGAAACCCGACACAGAACCACCAAAACCACGCGCAGUCCUUCACUGGAUCCUGUCGAAAUUACCAGAAAUUACACAUAUAAAAGGAAGUGUGAUCGCCCUUACACCCGACCAGAGAAAAAUUAUUAUUCGUUCAAUAUCCUUCAACCAUGUCACGGCAAAGUAACAGAGCCGGAGAUCCCCGUAAAGUGAACGGUGAACUGUUCACUCUUACCUACGGUGCUUUAGUUGCUCAGUUAGUAAAAGAUUAUGAAAGUGAUGAGGAAGUUAAUAAACAACUAGAAAAAAUGGGUUACAAUAUGGGUAUACGCCUAAUUGAAGAUUUCUUGGCCAGAUCCAAUGUCGGCCGAUGCCAUGACUUUCGAGAAACGGCAGAUGUCAUUUCAAAGGCUGGCUUUAAGAUGUACCUGGGUAUCAUUCCUGUCGUCUCCAACUGGAGUCCUGCUGGUGAUGAAUUCUCUUUGCUAAUCGAGAACAAUCCCUUAACAGAAUUCGUCGAACUCCCUGCCAAUCACAGCUCCUUAAAUUAUUCCAGUAUUUUAUGCGGUGUUCUCAAGGGAUGCCUAGAAAUGGUGCAAAUGGACGUCGACGUGAAAGUUGUGCAGGAUCAACUGAAGGGAGACAGUAUAACAGAACUCCGAUUGAAAUUCAUCAAACGUCUCGAGGACGCGUUACCCGCCGGGGAGGACUAGCGAGUUCCCUUUUUUUUUGUUUUUUUUACCUUGUUGUUUUUUUUUCUUUUUCCAUUUCUUUCUGUUCAGUUUUUUUUUUUAAAUAUUUUUUAUUUGUUUAUUUGAAUAAAUUAUUAUCUCUAUUCCACUUUCCAAAAAGAUAAUACACCAA